AUGAUGGCUACCAAGUUUGGAAAAUGUCUUAUUGGCAAAACGGGUCGCACCGCGCUGCACAAGGCGGCCGCCAAGGACCACGGCGAGGUCGUCGCCCGGCUCGUGGCUGCGGGCGCAACCAUCGACGUCGCUGCGCGAACGAACGGCUGGACUGCACUCUUGGUCGCGACAGCCAAGCAGCAUGUUGGCAUUGUCGACCAGCUCUUGCGAGCCAGUGCGAGCGUCAACGUCGACGCCAACGUCAAGGAGCGCACCAAGACACUGUGCCAGCCACUGCAUCUCGCAGCCAAGUACGGCAACGUCGCACUCGUCGACCUCUUUGUGGCGCACAAGGCCAACGUGGAUGCGGGCUCCAUGCGGCCGCUGCAUGUUGCGAUCGAGAAUGAUCGCAUUGAUGUCGUCCAACGGCUGCUGGACGCCGACGCGUCCCUCUCGGUUACCAACCUCGCGGGCAAGACCCCUCGGAUGCUGGCCAAGGCGUUGCAGCGCACGGUGAUCUUGCACCGGCUUACACGCCACGCGCUGUUUCGAGCCGUGCGCGACCACAACGUUGACGGCUUCACCAAGCUUUUGGACGUCGACGUCGACGGCAUGUGCAACAACGCCGGCGCGCCGCUUCUGCAUGUCCUUGUCGAGCGCAACAGCACCGAGAUGCUGCAAGCUGUCUUGGCCAAGUCUCUCAAAAGCAUCAACGUCGAGCACGAGAAUCAAACCCCUCUGGACCGCGCGAUUGCCAACAAGAGCGCGACCAUGGCGCUGGCGCUGGUUCUUGCCAACGCAGAAUGGAAGCAUCUGCCCGAGGCGACGGUCGCGGCGUUUGUUCGGUCGCCAGACGCGUUUAUGUUUAGCGCGCAGCUGCUCCGCGCGGCGUCCUCGGGUGACACUGGUGUUGUUGCCAAGCUGCUCGCGAUGGGGGUGCGCGCCACCGCGACGGACGAGACCUUGCGGACGGCGCUGCACGUGGCGGCCACGCAUGGCGAGGAAGCGAUGGCCGUGCUCCUACUCGAGAAGAAUGCGCUGCUUUGUCGUUGCCGCGAUCACAAGGGAAAUCUACCGCUGCACAACGCAGCGGCCAACGGCCAUAUCGCUCUUCUCGACCACCUCGUGGCCCCUACCGCCGCUCGGACGAUUGACGAAGCGAAUGAUGACGGAUGGACGCCCGUCGCCCUCGCCGUUCAAAGUGGUCACACGAACGUCGUUGCGCGCUUGCUCCACCAUGGGGCCUCGCUCGAGCACAAGAGGCUCGACGGCACGCUCCUGCAUGUGGCCACGUCGCGUCGCGUGGGCACCGAUCUUCUCAAGCACCUCGUCACGAGCGGCAGCAAGGUCGAGGCUUGCGACACGCGGGGCUGGACGCCGCUGCAUGUUGCAGCCCACGAGGGCCACAUCCAAGCUGUCGAGUACCUCGUGCGAGUCGGUGCCAACGUGGUGGCCGAAACCUUGGACCGUGAGACGCCCUUGCAAAUCGCAAACGACAAGAAAGUCGUCAAGGCCUUGCGCACGGCCCAAGCCGACGCGCGGAACCGAGCGCUCGCGCGCGCACAGGAAGCCGCUGCCCAGGCAAAAGCGUUGUGCGAUGCCGUUCCCAAAAAUGAUGUCGGUGCGGUCACGGACCUGCUUGCUGCUGGCGUCGACCCGAGUGGGCUCACCGUGGAGGGUGUGGCGCUGCCUGUCGUGGCCAUGCGUCUCGGUCACUGGGAAACCUGCGACCGGUUGCUGGCCGUCUCGGUUGUCACGAGCGAUGCGGCCCGCGUACGCAUGCUGCACUCGCUCGCGCUCGAGCUGGAGCAAUUUGAGGCGGCGUGGCACAUUCUGCAAGCCUACGCUGACGUCCUCGCGUGCGACAAGCACGUCUUGGCUGAAGACGAUACCCCGGUGCAUGAUCUGCAGGCCAUGUGGACUGGCGCCGCGCUGCGCACGGCCGCUCGCAAGGGCCAAAUCGACGUUGCCAAACGUCUUCUCUCGCAGUUUCAAGGCAUUGUUGAUGCGACCAACGAGCGUGGCGAGACGCCGCUGUAUGUGGCGAUCGACCCGACCAACGAGUCUAGUGACGUGGCUGCGCGCACUGCGAUGGCAACACUGCUACUGGGCGACGGCGCGAACCCUCUGGCUAUCACUACGGCGGGUGUGACGCCCUUGCUCUUGGCGGCUCGCAGUGGCAACUCGGAUAUCACUGCAGGGAUCGUCAAAGCAGUGCUCGCACAGCCAUCGCCCGACAUGGCGGCGCUCAGCACUUGCUUCGCCGAGGCCGUUGGGCAGCGGGACAUGCGAGUUGCGACUGUGCUUUUGCCUCAUAUGACGACCGACGAUUGGACAUCGACACUCGCAUCGGAUCCCAUAGGCAUGGCGAUCCUCGCAGCAACCGCCGGCCAUCUGGGCAUACUCGAACACUUGCAAGAAAAACACUACGAUCUCUUCUGGGUCGCUCAUGGGGCGGAGGGUUCGACGUUGCUCAUGCUGGCGGCCGCAAAAGGCCACGCGAAACUCGUCGACCACCUCGUCACCUUGCUGCUACCAUCAUUCGAGCCGAUCGACAAGGCACGGGACGCGCUGCAAGCUCGUGAAAAGGAGCUCGAGGCGGCCAGAGACCAUGUGUGUCUGCGCAACACGGCUGGACAAACAGCCAAAGAUUUGGCGACCGGCGCUGUCUUGACAGAGUUUUUGGAGAACAUUGCAGCGGAGCUCGAGCUUGUUCGACAACUCAUUCAGGAAGCACGGCUUGUCGAAGCUGCCGACGCCCACGACUGGCUGCUUGUCAUGACGCUGCUGAACCAAGGGGUUGCUGUCACGGAUGCCUGUGUCGUGGAGACGAUAUGGCGUGCGGCUGUCGGCGCAAACGACAAGGAAUUGAUCACGACGCUCUUUCGCGCAACGGGCAUUGACGCGUCGCUGCGUAAAGAGGCUGGUCGAGCGGCACUGAAAGAGACGAUGAACAAAGAAACACACAACUGGACAAUGGUGUCGAGCAUCCUGCAGGCCUUUGCCGCGACCAACGGCGGGGUCGCCCCCGAGGCGCUUUUGCCAUGGCACAUUGCCGCCGAGUGCGCGUCGUCCGCAGUGCUCGGUAUGAUGUUUUUUCCGCUGGGCCACUGCAUCAACAGCACGGACGCGGACGGCUUGACGCCCGUGGCGGUCGCGAUUCAGAGCAAGAACAGAGAAGCGGUCGAAACACUCAUCGCCUUCGAGGCCGACAUUUCCAUUGCACCGCCGAACAAGGACCCGCCGCUGCACAUGGCCUUGUCGCUGCCCGAGAGCUUGAACGUACUGCGAGUGGUGCUUCGCGCAAAACGCGUCAACCGCCUCAACGUCGAGCAGCGCAACACGGCCAACUAUACGGCGCUCAUGCGUGCAGUCGUCGAUGGCCGUGAGGAAGCCGUUGAGCUGCUGCUGGAAGCAGGCGCCAACGUCAUGCAAACGCUGCCGGACAAUGGACCGACGAUCUUGGCGGCCGCAGCGCAACGCCCGAAUCGAGCGAUUACGAAAUUAAUGGACGACAAGGUCUAUGAGGUCCUCAGCAAGACGUGGGCUGCGACAAUCAACUUUGGUGACGUUCAACUGGACGCAGUCCUUGGUGAAGGUGCAAGUGGUUUGGUCCGCCGUGCAACGUACAAGAACGACGAGGUUGCUGUCAAGACGUGCAAGAAUACCAUUCCGCGAGUAAUCAAAGCUUUUCGGGAAGAGAUCGAAACCACACGCCGACUGCGCUCGCCGUACCUCGUGCGGCUGCUGACGGUACUCGACGAUGCGAAUGGCAAGCCGCACAUGGUGCUCGAGCUCAUGGACGCUGGCGAUCUGUACAAAUACAUCGAGAACAAGCGCCACGGGACAUUUGUGACGAAGGAUUUCCCUGUCGUACAAGUGGCGUGGGCAGUUGCCAACGCACUGGCCGAUAUCCACGCCGCCGAGUGCAUCCACCGCGACGUCAAGAGCAAAAACGUCUUCCUCUGCACGACGAACGGCGUCAAGCUCGGCGACUUUGGCACGCUCCGAUCCGUUGAUGAGACGAUGACCAGCAACGUCGGGACGCCGCAGACGAUGGCGCCCGAAGUCACGCGUCGGGGUGACGAAGGAGAGUGCGCGUAUGAUACGUCGGCAGACAUGUACUCGUUUGGCGUCGUCUUGGCCGAGCUCACGUGGAUCCGCACACCGUACGACAGCAGUACCGAGGACAUUUGUGGCCAUGGGAACGUCACCGCAACCAUCCAGCCCCACUGCGCCAUGUGGUUUAAGACGCUGGCCACGCGGUGCUUGGCAGUGGACCCGACGGAGCGCCCGUCUGCAGCCCACGUCGUCGAGAUUUUGGCCGCCCACCUCGAGGACAAAGACGAUCAUGUCGUGCCCACGCCACCGCCCGAGCCGACGCCGCAUGAAAAACACAUAUAGUGUUGUACUCUGCAUUUCGAACCAAACAAUUUUGCAUCUUUGACGCUACAUGUAGUUUCACUCGUAGGUUCGUGUGCAGUGGAAGCUGCUCGCACAACGAUGCCCCUCAGAUCGGUGUGCUCGCUGGUCGCCGAGAACCUGUUGCUGCUCGAAGACGUC